AUGGGAGGAGAUUAGAGAGGUUCUGGCUUGAAACAAACUUUAAAAAUUUUUAACAUAAUAGUUUCAAUAGUAUUAAUGGUAUUUGGUGUAUUUAGAUACUUCAAUCUUUCAUUAAGUAUCGAUUAACCAUGGCUUGUGUUUUAGCCUGCUUAUAUGAUUCUUUUUGGAAUUAUAUUGUUACUCUCAGAACUAAAAGUUAAAUUUAUUAUUGACAACCUUAGGUUCUUAUCUAAUUACAUAGGUAGAGGUAUUUUCAUUAUUUACCUAUCUACAAUGGUUACUGGUAAUUUAAGUGGAGGUGAUCUUAUGAAGUAUGUAUCUAUUAUUAUUGCUAUCUUCUUACUAGCUACAGGCAUUCUUUAUAUUUUUAUAUAAUGCUGCUGUAGGGAUAAAGUUGAAGAAGAUGAGAAGAAACUUCUUGAUGAUGAAGAAAGAGGUCGCUCUUCCUCUAAAGAUAGCUAAUACCAAAUUCGUUGA